GACAUUUUAAUGACACGUUUGGGAGGUAGACAGCGAUUAUUAUUUCCUUUAAUAACGGAUGCAAUACACUUUAUUAAAGGAACUGAAAACGACUUAGCAUAAAAACACAAUAUAUUCAUUAAGAAAACGUGGUAUAUUUGAAUUAAUGUAUAAACUCCUCGAUCAAGUGUUACAUCUUUAAAGCGCUUACGGGUGAUAUUUUUUUGGAAAUUCUUGCAAAGCAAUUAUGACAACGUUUGAGUCGGAAGUAAUCAGUAGCGCCCCGGAACUGCGGUACGACACGGGGUUCACAGGAAGCGGCUACACGGCGUCGGAAGCCAUGGUAAGCGGUCUCGGGUACUCCGACUACGACUGGAAUCACGGGCAUGAUGCGACAGCCGCGUACAACGCACGCGCCAUGUAUCCCGUGCACGAGAGUGUCGACCAACAGGGUCACUAUCUUGGAUAUUCUAGUGUGCCGCACAAUGACAUAGGAUUUAUGUCGUCGCCAUAUAUUCAGACAGCGGACAUGCCGUUUUCGACUGCAAUGGGGCACAUUCCAUACGGCGGUCCAGAAACGUACUAUGCUCAGCCGUAUAACACCAUAUCGCCGUCUUCAACGUCUAGUCACUCGUCUUCGAACUCAACCGGUGUCGGUAGAAAUGGCGAGAAACCGAAACGAAAGCGCGUGCAAACCGUCAUUCAGCGUAAGGCCGCAAACGUCAGGGAGCGUCGACGGAUGUUUCAUCUCAACGAAGCCUUUGACGAGCUAAGGAAACGUCUGCCGGCAUUUAACUACGAGAAGCGUCUAUCUAGAAUCGAAACGUUACGUCUGGCCAUGACGUAUAUCGCGUUUAUGAAAGACGUAUCAGACGGAAAGGAACCCGAUACCGUACAGCUGUUACAGAUUCAACGGAAGUCAGAAGAGCAGUACCCAGAUGAUAGUGAGGACAGCGAAUGAAAGUUAUAGACGUAAACGGAAGGACGUCAGUGAAAUCACGUUACGUUACGACUAAUGGGACUACCAUGUGCAAUGAACAGCUCCCGAGGUGUUCGACUUUUCAAAUGUGCUCAAGUGUUCGUGUUUCGGCAUGCUUCGUGCGCACGGGUAAAUUCUGUUUACUUACAGUUAACGGGUUUAGUGUAGCCCGAUGUUCCGACCCUUGCGUAGGUUUGUUUACGGUAACUUCAACGAACGCUUCUCGUGUACUAUUUUUCUAAUACAGAAAUAUACUUUUAACGUUAUUUGUAAUUGAAAGAGACUGGGCAGUGUUAUACUAUAAGUUCAUUUAUAGUAGUAUAGUUUUCUCAUAUUACUGCAGAUUUUACUUGUUAUGUUAUCAGUCAUUCUUAUCAACUUGAAGUGCGUUCAGAACCGUGUGUUCAGGUGAAUUCGUGCUCAAGACACUGCGUUGUGACGUGGUGGAAAUUGUAUAAUGUUUUGUAUUAAUAUAUGAUACUUUUUAUCCGAAAGUGUUCCGACUCUUAUGUGCAAUGUGAUAUAUGUGUUCAAGUAGCUAGUUUUUAAAUACUAUCUCCGUAAUCAUUUUUAUUUAUUAUGUUCUGUUGUUGCCGUAUAAGUUUCAAUGAAUCUCAAACGCAGAUCUUCCUUUUUCAAGCGUAGCACUUGCUAGGGCAUAUAUUUGUAAACGAGUGUGCUGCGAUACGCAAUCUACUCAUUUGCAUUUAUUUUAUCCUUUUUUUUUCAAUUGGAUGUACACUGCCAUUUAAAUUUUCAUUUUGAUUCCAGCGGAAACCUUGCUUUAAUCUCUAUGCACCAUGAGGCGUAUGACUGAUACUGCAUUGCAUUUAACUUUUAUGCUGAACUGUUUAUUUGCAAGUUGUUCUUAUUAUGGUCUUCCGAGUUGUGUGAUCUCAUUAGCAUAUUCUAGGAAGAAUAACUAAGAUUAAGUCCAUAUUAAAAAUUGAUAGUAUAUUUGGGAGGUUCCGGUAGCGGUUAAAGGUAUGUACGUAUUUCAUAUGCAUUAUGAUCUUUCUUUUGUGUUUAUGUUUUAAGCCACUAAAAUCUCUGUUUAAAUGGCAGUUAAGAUGAAUGAAUUCCAUAUGAACAAAGAUCUUUAUUUUGUAUUUUUUAACCCAUGAAAAAAAUGUGUUCUGAUAUGUUUUGUUUUUAUAUUUGUUACAUUAUUGGAUGAUUGUUUAAAUGAUCGCAUACACACAUUUCAAUGGCAAAGGCUUAAAAUUUACGUUCGCGUAAAGGGGUUAUUUUAAUAUCAGUUGUAAAACUCGUUAAGGUUUAAAUUCAACACUCCCCAGCACCCAUUUGGCUUAUGAACGUCAAUGUAUAUCCUGUAUUUUUUGCAGCGUCGUGUUUAAAAAAAACAACUUUUGAAGCUUCUCACAUUUCAAUAACCGAACUCUUUAAUUAAUAAGACCACAAAAAACAAAUAUGUAAUGCUGUACAAAUUGCAGGCAAAAACUAUCCGGAUAUUAAUUUAAUGCACAUCUAUAAUCAAAACAUAGCAGAAGCCCAAGUAUGGAACUAUUAUUGGUGAAAUGAAAUAUACAUAUGCGAAUUUAUUUAACAGCUACAAUAGAUACAAACUAUUCGUUAAUUAACCCAUUUUAUGCCUAGUGGACUCUCCCAUCCUUCUAAAUUAGAUCAAUUUAUUUACAAAAUUAGGGAUGUCAUGUAUAUUUAUUUCUAUAUUUAGAAUAUUUCUUACAGAAAUUCCUUUAAGCAAACAGCGCAGACCCUGAUGAGACGCCGCAUCAUGCGACGUCUCAUCUGAGUCUACGCUGUUUGCCAAUGCUUUUUUUCUAGACGCUAGAUAUAAAUGGGUUAAAAACAUAAAACAAUAUUUGAAUGUGUUGGAAAUUGUGUCACAAUACGGAAACAUUGUAAUUAAGGAAUGCACAAGCAAGAUAAAUUGUCUACAGUUAUUGUAAUUGUACACUUAUUGUCAUGAUUUGGUGCAAAAUGUAAAAUGUUUUUGUGAAACAUUUAUAAUUGAAGAGGAUUUGUUUUAAAUUGUGUUUGUUUGUCCCUGAUAUCAUUAGAUGAAGGUGAGAUUGUUAGUGUUGAUUAAAGGUUUCGUGUAGGUGUUAUUUAAAUGUUUUAUAUGCAAAUAUGAAGUAAUGCUAUGCAAAUAAACAAAUAUUGUAUUAUUACAUCAUGUCUUCCU